AGAAGGAUGAGGAAGUGACUGGGACAGGAGUUGUACUGGGAGAUGUAGCUAACAACACUGAUGCACAGACAGCUGUUUGGAGAUUGUUAGCGUGGCAGCUUGAUAAAAGAAAUAUUUGACAAUGCGAUGGGUAAUUGCUGGGGUUACUGUGUUGGGCUCUUCAGGGGACACGCCAACAGGAUCCAGAGAGGAGGCGGGUCAAAAUACUUCCGAAGCAGUACCACAGGGGAGCAUUAUACAAUAGAGUUUGAAAAUCUUGUAGAGAGUGAUGAGGCUGAGAGCCCACAGCCAUGCCCGAGGCCAAUCAAUGAAGAUGAGAUGAAGGACCUGAACGAGCACCGCUAUGCUGCAAUCUCAGCCAAGCAGAAGCUGAUCGACCAAAGACUCCAUUUGGAAUUAGAGGCACAAGAGGAGAAGUUAAGGCUAGAAGAGGAGGCUAGAAAUGCCGCACAGCGUGAGGCCGCCAGGUUGGCACGUGAGCGCAAAUUAAAGGAGCAGGUGUCGGCCCAGAGGAGACGGGGGAAAGCAGAUGGCUCGAGUUACGAUCCUCAGCAAAGAGAGGCCUGUUCUGGACAAACCUCUGGUGAGGAUUUUGAUGUGUACCUCCAAACUGUAAAAACCCAGUCUGAGGUUUUCAGAAGCAACAGAUUGCCCUCUGACACAAACCUGGUAACUCCCAACACGGAGUGCAGCUGGGACUUCACCAACAAGACCCGCUCCACUAAUGAUGACGGGACCUCACUGGACCUAGAGUGGGAAGAUGAGGAAGGAAUCAAUCGUGCACUUCCAGCCUGGGAGAGGUCUCGGACUGAGGAGGACAUCCUACGUGCAGCCCUGAGGCCCAGCAGCAAGCCGAUUAACAGCGGCCCAACAUCAGCCUCUGAGGAUUCAAAUGCACUGGAGUGGGAAAAUGAUUUUGUCGGCACCAAUCCAGAGGACCAUGCAGACACUGAAUUUGAAGGGUUUAUCAAUCCUGUACUAGACACUCUGUCUGAGGAUGCCUUGGACUGCGGCCUUAGGGUGGAGAACCAGGACAGAUAGUGUUUAGCACCAAAGGAGAUGUUUGUGGUGUCGUCUUCAUCUUAGAGAUCACCAGCUUUUUAUGACGUGGAAUAUUACUAAUUUGCUUUUCAUUUCUGUGAUAAGGGACUGAAGAUGUGUGGCAAUUUUUUAUCAAAUACAAAUUUGAGUGCCUUUUUUUCACUUGGGGACCAUCAUAUGCAUUGUAACUUAACCCAAUCAGUUAUUAUCCUUUGAUGAAGCAAAUCAUUUGGUAAGUUAUAAUAACUUUAUAACAAGUUGUUCUUUUUCAUUUCUAAUCAAGAUAAUUUCCUCUCUAUUUGACCUAUCUUAUCCUUAAGCCCCAAUAAAUAGCCACUGUUCAGUGCUCAACCACAUUUUCGAGGCAAGUGCCUUGAUCAUAGAGAAGAGUGUGUGAACGUCUUUUGGUGUAUGAAAAAAGGGGGGAGGGGGGGGACACACCCAAGCAACAAGAACUCUUCAGCUGCUUUCCCCUGCCCUUUAGUUAUAUUCAGUUUUUGCAUGAUGGCAGAAAAAUAACUAAAUGACAUUAAAGGUUGCAGAUUUAAAAAGUAAAAUGGACCAGACAUGUAAUCCUGGUGCCCACAACGUUGGUAUCAAUUCUCUCACUGACUGAUCGACAUUGAUCUACACCAGGUAAGCCUCUGUGUCAUUACUGGGAAGCAGCAACCUUAAAAAUAGGAACAGGUGAUGUGCUAUUCUGUCAGAGCAUACACUCUAAAAGAAAUCUGUGGUCAUUGCACUAACCCGGCUGGGAUUUGUUUAACUGUAAGGUCCCAUAUAAUGCAGGGUAAUAUGGCCAAUAUGGAACAUAUUAAACGCAAAACUGAACAAUGCCACAUGCUUACAAAUUUCAUUUGAGAUAAUGUUUAAAAAUAAUACAUUUUGCAUUAAAAACAGUACAAACUCCAUUGUUAAUUAUGACAUCCACAUCACAAACAUUUUAAAAUAUUAAGGACAGCAUGUCUUUAUAUGGGCUGAACUGUGAUUAGCACUGUUGCCUAACAGCAGUAAGGCGCUUUGUUUGAAUCCCAGGCCUGACAGGGCCUUUCUGUGUGGCGUUAGCAUGUUCUCCCUUCGCAUGUGUGGGUUCCCUCCAGCUACUCCAGCUUCCUCCCACAGUCCAAAGAUUUGCUCGUUAGCUAAUUGCUGGCUAACUAAUGUCUGUAAAUGGUCAUUUGUGUCCAUGUGUCUGCGCUGUGAUUGACUGGUGACUUGUUCAGGGUCUCUCGCCCAAUGACAACUAGGAUUGGCUCCAGCCCCCGUGACCUAGUAUGGGAUAAGUGGUAUAGACAAUGGAUGAAUGCAAAGACUAAAUAAAUUGAAUUAUGAGUGAGAAUGAGCAGGCCAUGGAUGGCAUGUUCAAAGAUUGUCAGCUUCAGAACACCAUAUCUUUAAGUGUUAGUCACUACUUCUAGAGUGUUUAAUUUCUCUGAAAUACGAGGGACUAACUGCAGAUAUUUCAGUUUGACAUUAUUGAAUUGUAGUAGUAGGAGACAAACCUCACCCAAACCUCAAAUCCCUAAAUGUUCACGCCUCAAAAAAGAGACUUAAUCUUUGCUGGCAUUUGACAUGUCAUAGAGAGGAAUUUAAAGAAUUUUAAUACAUUUGAUUUUCUCUGACAUGAAACAAGUUACUAUUAAGACACAACUUUUGAAAUUAAAAUGAGAUUCACUUAUUCUCUGGUUAUAAUUAAAAUAGCUUGGGUUGAUUGUCUGUUUCAGUUUGGAGAACAUUAAACAGGCAGAGAUGACUGUUGCCAUAACUUUGUCAUGUUUCUAUAAUAAAUUCAAUAUUACUGUAUAUGAUUCCA